UUCCUCUCCCCCCCCUCUCUCUCCGUCCCCCUCCCGCUGGCGCCUCCAGUAUCGGCUUGUUCCUUCCUUCCCUGUGCGAUCCCUCCCCUCCCUUUCUCGGCUCCCCGCUGUGGUCGGCCUGGGCCAAGCCGCCAAGUCGGAGGGCGCAGGCAAGGCAGGCGAGUCCGUCUGAGGGGUUGCUAAGGCAGGGACUGGCUGGCGCCUGAGGGGGAAACACCCCCUCCUAUUUCUUCUUUUCCCACUCGUCGCCUGUUGAGGACAACCCGGCCCGCUCCUGAGGAGAGAAGAGCGACGAGCGCGGGGGGGGAGAACGCCCCCCCGGCCUUGGGCAGCAACAUGAGUGAGCAGAGCAUCUGCCAAGCACGAGCUGCCGUAAUGGUCUAUGAUGAUGCCAAUAAGAAAUGGGUGCCUGCUGGUGGGUCCACUGGAUUUAGCAGAGUUCAUAUAUAUCAUCAUACAGGCAACAAUACUUUCAGAGUGGUUGGCAGGAAGAUUCAGGAUCAUCAGGUGGUAAUAAAUUGUGCCAUUCCAAAAGGAUUGAAGUACAACCAAGCAACACAGACAUUUCACCAGUGGCGGGAUGCUAGACAAGUGUAUGGACUCAAUUUUGGCAGCAAGGAAGAUGCCAAUGUCUUCGCAAGUGCCAUGAUGCAUGCCUUAGAAGUGUUAAAUUCACAAGACUCUGGUCCAACGUUGCCUCGACAAAAUGCCCAACUUCCUCCACAAGUGCAAAAUGGCCCAUCACAGGAAGAUUUAGAAAUCCAGAGGAGACAGCUGCAGGAGCAACAACGACAAAAGGAAUUGGAAAGGGAGAGGCUGGAACGUGACAGAAUGGAACGAGAAAGGCUGGAGCGGGAGCGGCUAGAACGAGAGAGGUUGGAGCGAGAAAGGCUAGAAAAGGAAAGACUGGAACGAGAACGAUUAGAACAAGAGCAACUGGAAAGGGAGCGGCAGGAGAGGGAACGGCAAGAGCGCCUAGAAAGAGAAAGACAAGAGCGGGAGAGAUUGGAAUGGGAAAGGCAGGAAAGAGAGCGGCAAGAGCAGCUAGGAAGAGAGCAGCUGGAAUGGGAAAGAGAAAGAACACUGUCAAGUGCUGCGCCGUCUUAUGACAACUCCCCAUAUAGUACUUCACUUCCUGAAUAUUCCAGUUGCCAGCCUCCUUCAGCACCUCCUCCUUCAUAUGCUAAAGCAAUCUCAGACUCUACUUCAGAUUAUGCUAUAGUGACAUCUACACAGUCAGUUUCCUCUCCCCCUACACCACCACUUAGGCACUCUGCAUCACGUUUUGCUACAUCUUUGGGCUCUGCCUUCCAUCCUGUUCUUCCCCAUUAUGCCACAGUUCCUCGUCCAGUAAACAAAAAUUCUCGACCACCUUCCCCUGUGAACCCUCCUGCAUCUUUGCCGCCAAGUACCAAGUCAACUACUUGGUCUGCAUCUAAUUUUGCACCUCUUCCUCCUUCUCCUCCGGUAAUGAUUAGUAGCCCCCCAGGCAAAGCCACUGGCCCAAAGCCUGUUCUCCCAAUUCCUGUUACUGCUCAAUUAUGCCAAAUGUCGCCAUCUCCGACCACACCCAAUGGUCUUCCGGAGUUAACAAACUAUCCAGUUUCUUCACCACCUACCUCGGGUCCAACACCGCCGCCACCAGCUUCCUUUCAGCCCCUCUUGCUCUCUGGACCUCAAGUUUCCUCUCCAAGCUCCCCUAAUGCCUCAGCUCCCUCAUCCAAGCCUAGUGUUCUCCCUUCUCCCUCUGCAGCUCCCCCUGCCUCUGUUGAGAACUCUCUAAACUCUGUGCUGGGAGACUCCUCUGCUUCUGAGCCAGUCUUGCAGACAGCCUCUCAGCCGGUUGAAUCUCCGUCCCAGCAGGGUGUUAUACAAGGAUCACCUGUACCUCCACCCCCACCACCUCUUCCACCUGGCCCUGUUCAGUCUCCACCAGCAGUCCCACCUCCUCCUGGGCCUCCUCCACCACCCCCUCUUCCACCAUCAGGGCCUCCACCGCCUCCACCACCUCCUCCUCUUCCUAACCAGGUUCCCCCUCCACCUCCUGCCCCACCUCUCCCAAUCACUGGUUUUUCCAUGGGAUUGAUGUUUGAAGACCACCGUCCUUUAACAGGACUAGCAGCUGCUCUUGCUGGAGCCAAACUCAGAAAAGUAUCACGGAAUGAAGAAUUCUCUAAUCCAGUAGGAGGAACCAACUCUGCCUCACCUAAAACAGAUACUGGUCGUGGAAAUGGGCCACUUCCUCUUGGAGGGAGUGGGUUAAUGGAAGAAAUGAGUGCUCUGCUGGCAAGAAGGAGAAGAAUUGCUGAGAAGGGAACAUCAGAAACAGAACCAAAAGAAGAAAAAAAUGAAGAACCAGAGCCUUCAGUUUCAAAGCCUCCUUCAACAAGCACACCUGAACUAACCAGAAAGCCUUGGGAAAGAACAAAUACAGUGAACGGAAGCAAGUCACCCAUUAUUUCAAGACCAAAAUCUGCAUCCUCUGGGCAACCCAGUACCAACGGAGUACAGUCUGAAGGGCUAGACUAUGACAGAUUGAAACAGGAUAUUUUAGAUGAAAUGAGAAAGGAGUUAACAAAACUAAAAGAAGAAUUAAUUGAUGCUAUCCGGCAAGAACUGAGCAAGUCGAAUACAGCAUAAAAAGACCAGGACUAAGCCAUUGUGACCGUGGGUCUUGGCAUACACACCACAUUUUGUGAACUGUUAAAAGAAAAUGGAAAAAUACACUUGGGAGAAGGGGAAAGCAAGGUUCUGAAAAAUUUCAGGCAUUGCUGUGCUGAUACUGUUUCCCUUUGCUGCUGUUUUCUGACUUUCAACAGGGUGGAAAAUAGUCUUAAGUUGUGGUAAUGAGUUAUGCAGAAAAUCCUAUAACUGUCAGACAAGAUCACAGUGCAUUGAAAUGUUUUUUCAUAUCAAGGUGAAGCUGCACAUCACAGUUCAUUGAGAGGCAAAAAAGAGGAAAAGCUUGGGAAGGCUUUUCAUAGGGGUUUUCCUAAUGAAGGAUUUAGCAAGUUAUACUGUUGUACAAAUGCGUCUCAGGUUAGUCUUCCUAUCAUAUUGGGUAUUUCCAUGAACUAAGAUCAAACAUGACUUUCCUUCAUAUACUAAAGAACACAUAGAAGAGUGCUGCAAAACACAAUAUUGGUGAAAUGAGAGUUCUAGAAUGUGACAGUAUAUUAAGUUACAGAAUCUUAUGAUAGGAAGCCUUUCUUGUUAGCCUUCAUGCAGUUUUAUAAGAAAAAAGGAAACGCUGUCCAGAGUAUAAAGAUAUAGAUGCCUUCCUAAAAUGUUAUGCUUUACCAAAUCUAAGACUUCUCCAGAAAUACAAAUCAAUGGUCAAAUGUAAAUUGUUAGAUUGUUAUAGAUUUACCAUAGUUUUUAAGCUUUUAAGAUUUAUGCAUGUAGACAUUUUUGUAAUAUAACACAACCACAGAGUUGGCUUUUUAAUUUAAAACAUCCUUGCAUGCCACAAAUAUUAAGUAGCCUUUUACAAUAAGGCCUAGUUAAUGCCCAGGCAAAACUUGGGAGGUUUAGGGUUGGGAAUAGGGGUGACUUUUUAUUUAAAAAAUUUGUAUUAAUGCUGCACUAUUUUUCCUUAUAUUGCAUGCAUGUGUAAUAAUAAGGAAAAUGUUGUGACUUAUCAGUAACCAUGUUAAAUAGAACCAGGUAUUUAAUACUUUUUUGUAUCAUUUCAUUUGUAUUUCAAACCUAGUUAUGCUUCAGUAACAGUUUCUGGAAACCCCAGUUGGUUUUGUUUCUUUUCUUAACAUAAAAUUAAGCAUUAAGCAUCAUGAUUAUUUUUAGAACUGAUAUUUAAAAGAGGCAUUAUAAAAUAGUGUUCUUUCCAAAACAAAUUGAAAAGAGGUCUUGGUUAAUUAGGGGAUUGAAAUAUUAAUCAAAUCUUAUCCUCCUAAUCCUUAAAUCCUAGGUUAGGGACUUGAUUAGGGGAAGACCAUGAGAUCCUGUGCUCUUUUCCUCCCAAUUGCAUUGUCAAUAUAGAUUCCUCUUGCCCCUUCCUCAAGCAGAGGUGAGCUAGUGCAUCAUCACUAACCUUAAGAUGGAUAAGAUUCUGUUUUAACCAGGACUUGAAAACCAUUGGUAUCAGUAUAGCUUGUAACCAUGGUUAAGGCCAACAAGAAGAAUUCAUGCCAGAGAAACAAGAUGGGUUGGAAGUGAAAGGAGUACAUGAUUCUACAGUUUGCUCCUGUUUAAUUGGACCUAGAUAGUGAACAAUCAAACAUUAAUGCACAAAGUCACAAGAAAGAAAAAGUCUUAAGGCCAAUGGUGGCAACAGUAUAUUUUUUGGAAGAUGGAAUUUCAUCUCAUUUCUGUUUUUCUAAAUUUUUAAUAACAUAGCCCAUGUAGGCUUUCACAAAUUUUGUGAAUGUGAUCUUUCAAUUUAAAUUUUGUGGUGUAGCAAAUAAUGUACAAAAUCUAUUCUUCCCAAUGCAUCUUAAAUUCCUCAUGCUAUAAUAGUGCCAUAUUUAUUUUGUGAACUAUGCUGAUUUGAAAAUAAUUUGUGACUUUGGACAUAAUUAUUCACUUUCUUAGACUAUCCCGUUCCACCUGUUUAGUUUACAAGAAGGCUUGAAUUAGCAUAGUCUUCAAGUUUUUGGACACCAAAGUAAAUUAACAGCUCUUACUGCUGCUUAACGGUUUGAGUGAGGAAAUCCUCUAUUUUUCCCUGUUUCUGUAAGACAAAAAUAUGGUAUAUAACUAUAACUCCAAAGCAGUGAUAACUUUAAACAAACAAAAAAUAUCUUUGCAUGCAUUAGUUGAAGGCAUUUAAAUCUCAAGGCAAGCAAAUAAUGUUGCUCCCAAGUUAAGUGGAGGCAUUUUCAUCUUUAAAAAUAACUUGUUUAAACAGUAUAAACUUAAAUGCUUACUCUUGUCAGAAAUCAUGUUUGAUUUUGUUUGUAAAGAAAAUUCAGCGAUAGUCUAGCAGAAUGUUAUAGGUGUAAGUGGUCCAAAGGUAAGACAAUUGAAUUACUAGAUUGUGAACGAAACUGGUUAAUGCACUAAACGUUUUGUGCCUUGGUCUAAAGUUAACAUGAUUUCUGUGUAAAAGGAAAAAGAAACUGAAAUCUUCGUACUCUUUCUACAAGCAUAGGUGUGUGAUCCUGAAUUGGACCACUCCAGGAAAUCCAGUUUUAGUUAAACUGUAAAUUCAGGCUGCUGUGCUGACAGCUAGGCUGUUGCCAGAUAUUCCUGUAAUUAAAAUUAGCUACAGGUUAUUAGGUUAUUUUCAUUACUGUUCUUUUAAAAAAUGCUAUGAUGGUUCCUGUGCUUUUGUACAGUGGAUGCCUUAAGCUGAAUAUGGUUUAGGGGAUCACUUUUAAUUCCAGGAAGGUAUUGCUUUCCUCAACACUGUGAUCUGAUCUGUGAUAAAUCUGUCCUAUCCAUACACAAGUGGCUAACAAGUCAAUUGCAUACAAACUGAAUGUACAAAUCUUAGUGCUGGUGCUGAUAUCUCUUCAGAGUUGUCAUGAAACAAAGUUCACUGUUUGCAAGCAUCAAGUGUCAAUCAAAACUGAAGAUGAAACACUAAUGAAUGUUGAAUUUUCAUGCAUUUAGUUUUACCUCCUUUUGAGUUUUUCAGUUAAUUCUCUGCUAUUUUUACCAUAUUGUGUCAUUUAAAAAUUUCUUAAAAUGCUAACUUUGUUUUGUUUGAACAGAUGAAAUAAAAUUGCAAUAUAUA